UUCUAUACAUCUCUGUAGAGUAAAGUAGAUGCACUAUCACCUGAUGAGAUGAGGGACACCCUUAAAAGAGUUGUGAGGGAAAACCCAGAGUACUUGUUCAGUAUUUUGGAGCCUGAACAAAGAUUUCAACCUUCUGGGGGUGGAACAGUACAACCAUCAUGGUGCAUCUGCUCUCAUUGUAGAGACAUGCCAACUCCUAGGGAGAAAGUCUGCUGCCAAAGAAAUCCUGAUAACUGUAUUUCUAGAUUGCCGGAUUUCGGGGUGCUCAUUUUAGACGAGGCAGUUCUUGCAUUGGCAAGACUCUACCGCCAAGAUAUUUUGGCAAUGCCAGAAGAUGCAGAUAGAAACAGAGCCAAUCGCCACACGGGAUAUCGCCAAUUUGUACUUUGGCAUCAUGGGAAAUUGGGAGCUGAAGAUAGACGUGUAAUUCUUAGCUGUUGUGUGUGGCGUAUCAGAGACAAAUUUCCUGACCCUCAUGGACAUUACAUUGGUUUCAAAGAUAACAGAUUGCAAUAAAAUAUAAAUUAUUUAUUACUUGUACCAAAACCUGAUUAAACUUUCUGGAUAUUGAGUAUCAACACAAAAUGAUAUGCAUCAAGUUGUUUGUAAACUUCAUCAAAUAGAGGGGAAACAUAUCUUGACCAAUACAUUGUAAAAUGCCAAGAUCUCGAAUUACAGUACAAUUGUAAUAAAUGUAUGUCAUUGUUAUCCAGAACCUGUGUAAUCCAAAUUAACCAAAAUUUAGUCUUGUAUAUAUCUUUGUUUUUGAGCAACAUAUGGAGAAAAUAUAUUUACAUUCUCCAUUUGAACAGACUGUCACGUUAUACCGUAAUUUGAAAUCUUGCACGACAACUUGGAACAUGUCAAGUUCAAGACAUGGAUUUUUAACCAGACUCAG